UAAAUUAUUCUAGGAUAUCCUAGAAUACCUAAUUAUUCUGUAAUGUGCAUCCCUAGUUCGAUGGUAAGGUGAAGUCCAGAUAAAGACAGAUGGUCAUGUUUAAAAUUUUUAAAAUAAUUGGCAGGCAGUUCGAUGGUAAGGUGAAGUCCAGAUAAAGACAGAUGGUCAUGUUUAUAAUUUUUAAAAUAAUUGGCAGGCAGUUCGAUGGUAAGGUGAAGUCAGAUAAAGACAGAUGGUCAUGUUAAAAUUUCAAAAUAAUUGGCAAAACUCCAGAAUACAAGAGGAACUGUAAUUGGGAGAAAGGGAUCAAAGUGGGUAGUAAAGUGGGAUAUUGAUGGCACAGUAACGUUUUUCAACGUUUUUUUAAAGUUAAAAUUUAGUUGUUGACUACCUCACUGAUCAUUUAUUUGCGAAGCGUUUUGCACCCCUUUUGUCUGACGUCAUUUACAUUUAACGGUUGACUGCACAAUUGUUGCACCACUUCACGGCGUUCGCGCAACGUCUGUUUUGAAGUUUUUUACCGCAGUUUUGGUUUAAUGAAAGAUAGCAUUAUGAAGCGUGGAAGAAAGUUAUCAAGCGAUGUUUGGGAGCAUUUUUCACCACCAAAUGUUGAAAAUAAAGUUAAAUGCAAUUAUUGCCAUGCAACCCUGAGUUACUGUCAAAGUACAGGUAGUCUCAUGAAGCACUUAAAACAGAAACAUCCGUUUACAAGCUUGACCCGAUCAGAGGAAGGGGACAGCCCAAGCCCAUCAACAUCACAAUUAUCUGUCGGAGAAACAUCAAGUAGUUCUGCUGGAUCACCAGCUGUUCGGCAAAGGCGGCUGGAUACUUAUGUGCACAGGCCACUUACCCCACAACAAGCUGAGUGAAUAACAAAUUGUAUAUUUACUGUCAUAGUUGGUGACUUAAGACCUAUUAAUCUUGUUGAAGGUGAAAACUUCCAAGCCCUAAUUAAACAUUUAGCUCCUGGAUACAAUAUUCCCAGCAGAAUGACUUUUAUGAGAAAGCUUAAACAAUCUUUGGAAAUUUGCAAAGCCAAAAUCCGUGAUGAAUUAUCUAAUGCAAAUAGUAUUGCUUUAACCACAGAUCUAUGGUCAAGCAUAAGGAUGCAAUCAUUUAUUGGUGUAACAGCUCAUGUCAUUAGCAAAGAUUCAGCUGAAUUGCGUAAUUUUGUUCUGGCUACCAAGGAGG